AUGCCGAAGCCAAAGGCAGCAAAGCCGCCAAGAGGACCUCAUGCAGCGUCGACACCGGCCAAGGCUGACAGCCUUCCCGCCUGGCCACAAUUCAAGCCGCCGUUGCCCGUGGUCGAGCUGACACCUGAAUUACAUCCCUCAACGCCCAAAAUUGCAACAAUCGCCUCUUUCUUCCCCAAAUCGCUCUGCAGAGAGUACGUGACGUUUUUCAAAACGCUGCCACUGCAGACGACCCCCGGAAGGCCCAAGCGCGGGGAGGCUGUUCGAGUAAAUGAUCGCUUCCAGGUCGACGAUGCGGUCUUUGCGAGCAGACUCUGGGAAUCGACAGGGUUGAAAGAGGCAUUGGUUGGUAAUGAAGACGCCAGAAGCCUCUGGGGUGGAGAGCCGGUGGGCUUGAAUCCCAACAUACGCGUCUAUCGGUACUCCAAGGGCCAGUACUUCGACUGUCAUUAUGACGACUCCAGCAACUUGAUUCUUAACGCGGAACUACCCGUGCCUGUGCGCACCACGUGGACUCUACUUCUGUAUCUCACGUCCUCCGCCGAGGGCUGUGUCGGCGGAGAGACGGUGUUUUACCCGAAUGAUCGGAAGCUGCGCUCAGAGGAAAUUGCCGUGUCGUUGGAAACUGGUACUCUACUGCUACACAAGCAUGGCGAUGACUGUUUACUGCACGAAGGGCGAGAGGUAAAGGCAGGCGAGAAAUGGGUUCUAAGGACUGAUUUGUGUGUCAAAAGAUGA